CUGUACUCGACGUCGGGCUUUGACCUCAUCGGAGCACUCACGCGCAUCGCCAACCGUCCGAACCCGCGCAUCAACAUCGGCCCCAUCGAUCUCUCGUGCGCCUUCACCGUCGUCGAUGCCAGCCAGGUCGACCAGCCGAUCAUCUACUGCUCCAACUCGUUUGUCCAGCUCACGGGCUACGAGCGGCACGAGGUGCUCGGCCGCAACUGUCGCUUCCUGCAGUCGCCCGGUGGCCACGUCACGGCCGGCGCCGAGCGCGUCCACACGGACAGCCGAGCCGUGCGCCACCUCAAGAAGCACUGCCUCGCCAUGAAGGAAUGCCAGACGACGCUCAUCAACUACCGCAAGGAUGGCUCGCCGUUCAUCAACCUCGUCACCGUCGUCCCGAUCACCUGGGGCGGCAGCGGCCCGAACGGCGAGGCGCCGCCGGUGCUGCUCAUCGGCUUCCAGGUCGACCUCGUCGAGGUGCCCGGCGCCAUCGUCGAGCGCAAGCCCGAUGGCACGUACCACGUGAACUACAGCCGCGCCGAGACCCUCGCCUCGAGCCAGCACGCCCGCCAGCAGCUCCGCCCGCCGGUGCCCGAGGCGCCCGUCGUGACGGAGGCCAGCCGCAAGGCGAUGCAGGCGCAGGAGCUGGCCGACAUCAUCGGCAACGGCAGCAGCGAGACGUCGCAGUGGGCGCAGAUGCUGCUCGAGAACUCGCACGACAUCAUCCACGUGCUCUCGCUCAAGGGCACGUUCCUGUACGUCUCGCCGUCCGUCGAGCGCAUCCUCGGCUACAAGCCCGAGGAGCUCGUGGGCAAGUCCAUCAGCGAGUUCUGCCACCCGUCCGACGUCGUGCCCGUGUUCCGCGAGCUCAAGGACUCGACGAGCAACGCGAGCAUCGCUGCAGCGGCCCGACACUCGGCACGCACCGAGGGCACCGUGAAUCUCAUGAUGCGCAUGCGCCACAAGAGCCUCGGCCACGCAUGGGUCGAGAAUGUCGGCAAGCUCCACCUCGAGCAGGGCAAGGGCCGCAAGGUCGUCAUCUCCACCGGCCGUGCGCGUCCCGUGUACGACCUGCCGUGGGAGAACGCCAAGCGCAGCCUCGACUGCGCCUCGACGCCGAGCUUCUGGGCCAAGGUGUCGAUGGACGGCCUCUACCUCAGCACGACGGGCCACCCCAGCGACGUGCUGGGCGUCGGCGCCACGGGCUCUGCGAUGUCGGGCCGCCACAUGCGCCGCGUCGCGAACCCCGAGGCCUUCGAGACGAUCCUCGCCUCGCUCCGCGGCCACGGCGUCAGCGUCGUGCCGCACGAGAUGAGCGACGGUGUCGGCGGUGAGAGCAUCUCGGUGCUCUCGACCUUCUACCCCUCGACGCCACUCGCCGGCUGCCAGGAGCAGCCGGCCGUCUUCGUGCACACGCAGCGCCUCGACAUGAGCAAGUCCGACCUGCAGAGCAACGUGCGGCAUCCGCUCGCCACGACGCGUCUCGACGCGGCCAUCGUCUUUGCCGAGCUCUCGACGUACCGCAGCAGCUCGUGGGUCUUCGAGCUCCACCAGCUGAAGAACGCCAACAAGCGCCUGCGCGAGGAGGUG